ACCCGCGCGCGUCAGUGGGUCCGCUACGGGCCUGCCGUGGUCUGCCGUCCGCCGCUGCCGCACGCACGCGCACUGCACCCAGCAUGAGGGUCGCGGGGCUGAUCAGUGGUGGGAAGGACAGCUGUUACAACAUGAUGCAGUGCAUUGCUGCAGGGCAUCACAUUGUUGCUUUAGCAAAUUUAAGACCAGAUGAAAACCAAGUGGAGUCAGAUGAGCUGGAUAGCUACAUGUAUCAGACAGUGGGUCACCAUGCCAUUGACCUGUAUGCAGAAGCGAUGGCUCUUCCCCUAUACCGCAGAACCAUAAAAGGAAGGAGCUUGGUGACAGGAAGAAUAUAUACCUCAUGUGAAGGUGAUGAAGUUGAAGAUCUCUAUGAACUAUUGAAACUCGUUAAGGAAAAAGAAGAAAUAGAAGGGGUAUCAGUAGGUGCUAUACUUUCUGAUUAUCAACGUGUUCGAGUAGAAAAUGUAUGUAAACGGCUUAAUCUCCAGCCUUUAACUUACCUUUGGCAGAGAAACCAGGAAGACUUACUCCGAGAGAUGAUAGCAUCUAACAUUGAAGCCAUUAUCAUCAAAGUAGCAGCUUUAGGCUUAGAUCCUGAUAAGCAUCUUGGGAAAACCCUGCGUGAAAUGGAGCCUUAUCUUUUUGAGCUUUCUAAAAAGUAUGGUGUUCACGUAUGUGGGGAAGGUGGCGAGUAUGAAACAUUCACUUUGGAUUGCCCUCUAUUUAAGAAGAAAAUCGUUGUGGACUCCUCACAAGUAGUCAUCCACUCUGCUGAUGCAUUUGCACCUGUGGCUUAUCUUCGACUUUCAGAGUUGCACCUGGAAGAAAAGGUGUCUUCAGUACCUGGAAAUGGUGAAACAACCAGUUAUAUACACAAUUCUUGAAAUUUACACUUCAUUUUAAAAUUUAUUAUAACCAACUUCUCUCAUUACAUUUUUUAUACUUC